AUGGUAGAUCACUCCCAAAUAGUCCGAGUUGAGGCAAAAAUCAACGAAUGUUUCUUUCUUCUUAAUACUGUUGCCUUUAUCCACAUAAAUCUGUUCCUUAUCUAUCUAUCUAUCUAUCUAUCUAUCUAUCUAUCUAUCUAUCUAUCUAUUCAGGUCAAUCCAAAUCUAUCUAACAAGUUAGCUAUCUGUGUUAGCCUGUUGAUCUAUCUAUCUAUCUAUCUAUCUAUCUAUCUAUCUAUCUAUCUAUCUAUCUAUCUAUCUAUCAUUUAUCUGUGUCAGCCUGUUGAUCUAUCUAUCUAUCUAUCUAUCUAUCUAUCUAUCUAUCUAUCUAUCUAUCUAUCUAUCUAUCUGAAGAUUCCGAUGCAAAUGCACGAAAUGCCAUUUCUUUCCCGCCUUAGGUUUAGUCGCGUAAACUAUGCCGAUUUUCUAUCUAUCUAUCUAUCUAUCUAUCUAUCUAUCUAUCUAUCUAUCUAUCUAUUUUUUCACUCUCUAUCUAUUUUUCACUCUGUUCAUAUCUAUCUAUCUAUCUAUCUACCUACCUCUGUCCUUUUAUAUCUAUCUAUCUAUCUAUCUAUCUAUCUAUCUAUCUAUUUUUUCACUCUGUUCAUAUCUAUCGAUCUCACUCUGUUCAUAUCUAUCUAUCUAUCUAUCUAUCUAUCUAUCUAUCUAUCUAUUUUUUCACUCUGUUCAUAUCUAUUUCGCUCUCUUCAUAUCUAUCUAUCUAUCUAUCUAUCUAUCUAUCUAUCACUUUUGAUAUCUAGCUAUCUAUUUUUCACUCUGUUCAUAUCUAUCUAUCUAUCUAUCUAUCUAUCUAUCUAUCUAUCACUUUUGAUAUCUAGCUAUCUAUUUUUCACUCUGUUCAUAUCUAUCUAUCUAUCUAUCUAUCUAUCUAUCUAUCUAUCUAUCUAUCUAUCUAUCAUUUGGUUGUCUCCCUUUCUCUUGUUCUUCUUUGGCUCGCCCGAACUGAUCAUUUCUUUCUCGGUUGCUGCCCAAAUAACGGAUCGUAAACUUCUCUCUUUCUUUCUCUCUCUACCUCUCUCUUUCUCUCUCACGUGUUUGUGCGUGAUUGGCUGUUGA